GGGUUCGAUAGACCCUUGUGUGGGGGCUGCUAAAGCACGCUCUGUAACCAAGCGUGGAAUAAUCGAUUAAGCGGAUGAAAGAAACUCGUCCUCUCUAAGAAGCGAAAUUAAAACACUCUUUAGAUUUUAGAAUUUAGAUUGUAAAUUAGAACCAAAACAAUAAAAGGCAGUCACUCCACUCGCUCGUGUCUUCCUUCAAUCCCACCUCCAGUUAACCCCGACGCCGCCGUCAUCACCUUGAUCAACCGUGGACUUUUUAUUAUAACCAGAUUUUUAUCGACCACAUGGGCGAACAAGCCUCGGGACAGCCUCAACCACAGGCUCAAUCUCAGCCUUCAAACGACUCUUCCGACGCGACCCAAUGCCAAACCCAAAGGCAAGCCCAAACUCUAACUAAAACUGAAAACUCGAAUGAUGCCUUCGCCGCCGCUGCUCCCACCGUUACUACCGCCCUCGUUGUCUCUGCUUCAACGGAACUCACCGAUGGUUCUCCCCUUACAUCCUCUCCUCCUUCUAAAAUCCCUUCUCGCCCUAGAAAAAUCCGGAAACUCUCCCCUGACUCGAAUUCCGAACCGAAUGCCUCCCAACAAGCGACGACUUCCACAACAUCAACAUCCGUAGCGGUGCCGCUUAAAACCGUCCCCAGAGCUCCCAAAGCAAAACUCAGUCAGCAUCGAGCCCUAGUGGUGGCUCCCCAAUUCUUUGCUCGGUCCCUCUCUUGUGAAGGCGAGGUUGAAACCGCCGUUCGACACCUCCGUAACGCCGAUCCCCUCCUUGCUUCGUUGAUCGAUCUCCAUCCGCCUCCAACCUUCGACACUUUCCAGACCCCUUUCCUCGCUCUCACCCGAAGCAUUCUCUACCAACAGCUCGCUUUCAAAGCUGGAACUUCCAUCUACACUCGCUUCAUCGCUCUCUGCGGCGGCGAAAACGGUGUGGUUCCCGAGACUGUUCUUUCCUUAACCCCUCAACAGCUACGGCAAAUUGGUGUCUCAGGACGAAAAGCGAGUUAUCUUCACGAUCUCGCGAGGAAAUACCAGACAGGGAUAUUAUCAGACUCCGCGAUUGUAAAUAUGGAUGAUAAGUCACUUUUUACCAUGCUUACUAUGGUCAAUGGGAUCGGUUCUUGGUCCGUUCAUAUGUUUAUGAUCUUCUCGCUUCAUAGACCCGAUGUUUUACCGAUUAAUGAUCUCGGGAUUCGGAAAGGGGUUCAGUUACUCUACAGUUUGGAGGAGUUGCCGAGGCCUUCGCAGAUGGAUCAAUUGUGUGAGAAAUGGAGGCCUUAUAGGUCAGUUGCUUCGUGGUAUCUCUGGAGGUUUGUGGAGGCCAAAGGAGCACCUUCUAGUGCAGCCGCUGUUGCUGCUGGUGCUAGUCUUCAGCCACUGCCGCAAGAGGAGCAUCAACAUCAGCAGCAGCCCCAGCUUCUCGAUUCCAUUAAUAGCAUUCUGGACCUUGGGGCCUGUACUUGGGGGCAAUGAUUAUCACUGGAACAAAAUGUAUGUGAUUUGUCACAAUCCAUUGAUCAACUUGAAUGACAGGCACUUCAAAUGCGAAAGUAGUGUUGUGAAAGCCCUUAAAGCUUAUAGGCCUUAUAAGAGUGAUGUCUUUCAAACUUUGGGUCUCUGUAAAUCUGACUCGAGAUUUGAAUAAAAACUCUGCCCAGUUGUUCGGUCUCUGUAAAAGGAUACCAGUUUUAGUUCAGUUGAAUAAGCAUGUGUUUCUUUGAACUCUAA